CACACCAUGUAAAAAGUCACUCACAACACACACUAGACACCAAAUAUGCUGUUGACACGAAAAUGCACACUAAACUCUUGAGAAACCUAGACUAGAUUCCGACUAGAAAUGCUAGUGUGGCUCCAGGGCUGCAGCCUUGACUAAGGGACUUCUGCCGCUGGCUGGAGGAGCAUGGCCAGUAGGUUGACGGAGGCCAUAAUUCCUGACCUGGCUAUGCACAGCCUGGCAGACCCACUGCUCUCUAGAUUGAGGGCCCACACCCUCUGUGAGGCAGUGACCGUGAUGUCACAGUGGGUGUCACAGAGCGGCCAUUGUGACGCGUGAAGCUUGGAGCAGAGCAAAGGCUGCCGGGCUCAGGCCGAGCGUCAGUGCGGUCUGGUGAGGCGCAGAGAGAGCAGGGACUCUCGCAGUGCUCGCUAUCAACGCACAAUUAUGUCCGAGAGGAAGAGGAAGGCCUCCAGCACGGAGGAGCCAGGUGAGAGCACAGCAUCCCUGUGCACAGCUCCUGCCAACAGGCAGAGGAGUGCUGGGGCUCUGCCUGCAGAUGGGAGGCAAGGAAAGCAUGGGCACGGAUGCCCCCACUGCUGCAAGGCAGGGCCCCUCUGCUCCUUGGCAAGGGGGUCCGGCUUGGGCCGUGGCUGCCUCGGCCUUGCCAUGGCCCCUUCCCCUCCACCGCCUCCAGCCAGCAUGACAGGCACAGAGCAGGACCCUGGGGACGGCCCUCAGGGACAACUGGCCCUGCCGGCUGCUCACCACUGCUCGCAUUUGCUCUCUCCUCUGCAGUGUGUGUGCUGUGUGGCCGGGCAGAUGUCGACCGGGACAUCUGCGGGCGCACAUUUGAUGAGAGUGAGAUUCGUGUCCAUGAAUUCUGUUUGGUGAGUUCCCCCAUGGGCUCCUUCCUGAUUCCUGCCAGGGAUGCUCUUUUUCUUUCUGUCCUAAUGAGAUCCUGCUAUUUUUUUCUCACCUACAGAUAUUUGCCAACAUCUAUUUUGAAGAAAGACCCCCCUGGGAGGAAAUUGUGGGCCUCCCCCUUGAUGCCAUCACAUGCAAGGUCAAGCAGGCAAACCAGAAGCAAUGCUGUGUUUGCGGCGAGAGAGGGGCUGCCAUUACUUGCGCAGAGAGGAGCUGUGAACGAAGCUUCCAUCUGCCAUGUGCCAGGGAUGGGGAAUGCAUCAGCCAAUACUUUGGAAAGCACAGGUAAGGGCUGUCAGCAGCAGCCAAGUCACAGAGAAACCCACAGUUCCAUCUCCCAGAGCCAAGGCCUACAGGCUCCUCCCUGGUCCUCUGUCCUCCUCACGGAGCACUUCUCACGGAGCCCAUCCAUUCCAUCCUCCCCCAGGUCAUUCUGCUUUGAGCACCGCCCUCGACAGGUGACUCAGGAAGCUCCAGCAGAAGGCACCAAUUGCCUCAUCUGCCUUGAGCCUGUGGGGGACAGCUUGUCCUACCACACCCUGGUGUGCCCGGUGUGCAAACAUGCCUGGUUCCACCGGGGCUGCAUCCAGGUAGGAGUCCUCCCCUCACCCUGCUGGCACGCUUGGUGCUCAGCAGCACCAGGCACUGCUCACGCUCACCCUGCUUGUGCUUCUCCUACAGCAACAGGCAUUGAGUGCUGGCUCUGCAUGCUUCCAAUGCCCCAGCUGUAGAGAAAACAUUCUAUUCUAUCAAGAAAUGUCCACCAUAGGGAUCCAAAUCCCAGACAGGUUGGUGCCUUUCUGUCAAAAUAUCCAGAUGAGAAGGCACGAGACCUGAGCCUGUCCAGGGACUGUCUCAGCAGGCCUGGCCCUUGGCUGUCUCAUGAGCACGUGCCUCGGCUUCAUGGAGAAGCUGAAAAUACAGGUGGAGUGAAUGAGAUUAAAUAGCCUGGUAUCUUAUGUUGGGGACACAUGCAGUUCAUCAAUUUCCCCUCCCUUCUCUUGUAGAAGACCAUCAUGGGAAGCCAACGAUGAAUAUGACCCAUCUCUAGAGAGGCACAGGCACUGUGAUGCCAGUGAGUGCCUUUACCAUGGAGGCAGGGAGUACGCAGAGAGAAGGGGGUGAGUUACUGCAGCAGCUCUCCUCAGCAGGGGGCCUCAGCGUGGGAUCUCAGCCUCACCAUAGGCUGGCGGAGCAAGUCCUGAGCACCAGAGAUGUGCUGUGCCAGACUUGGCUCACUUGGUCCUCACAGCCACAACCGCUUUGCUUCCCCAGGCCCUGGCAGCUGCUCCUGUGCAGCUCCUGCGCUGCUGAGGGCACCCACCGACAGUGCUCCCACUUGAGUAACACCACGGCCACGUGGGAGUGCGACGGCUGUGCUGGCCUGGGUACCAGUACCGGUAAGAGGCAAUCAGUGCUCAGGGCAGCUUUGCCAGAGUCUGUCUGCCCCAAGUGGGAUGGCAGAUCCCACUGUGGUGCCACAGCUUCAGACUCAUGACCUCCCUGCCUCCCCUUACAGCCUCCAGCGCCAACACCGAGCUCGCUGGUCCCAGCACUGCUGGCCAGACGGCUCCGGGGCCAUCCAGCAGCUCCAUGGAGCCUGAGACCUUGAGCUCCAUGCCCACCAGCCAGGCAGCAUUGGGGACGACAUCACAGAGUUCCCAGCAGCCUGAGCACAGCGACCUGCCCAGUGUGCCUGAAACUGAGCAGGAGACAAACGGCCCACAUGUAAAUGAGGAUCGGGCUACCUCUGAGCAGCUGCGAGGACGCCGUGGGAGGAGACGAACAGCAGCCCCAAGUGCUGACAGUGACUUACACACAUCCACCAGGCGGAGGGCAUCAGGGUCCUCCAGGGCGUCUCCGGCAGCUGCUCGCAGGAGACGUCCCAGGCAGCGAGGAAGGAGCCGCACACGAAGCCGCUCCCCGCUGCAAGCUCGGGCCCCACGUUCCCAGA